UGCAUAUUUUUUCGCAUUCCGAAAACAAAUUUGUUGUCCUUUGUCCAAGUGUGUUGUUGGCAACGCUACUUUAGAAUUGGAGUUCCGAAGGCAAUCUCAUCUCUCCAACGCAUUUUGAGUGAGCAGGUAAGAAUCACUUUGUGUAAUCGCGCGCAUAGUUUCAUAACAACAAUAGCUCGUAAACAACUAAUGGCAGUGAUUCUAGGAAUUUCGCGACAAGGACGUAGUAAAAACAUUUCCAGAAUUGCAUCGCAUUGUGUGCCGAAAUUUAAUUGCAAGCCAAACUGACCUUAUCGAGUAGUCUCUUUUGCGCAUUUAUGAAUGUAAUUUCGCCUCUUUAAAAUUUUAACGGCACCUGCACUUACACUCAUUUAUCAUAGACGCUACUCUCUAGCAGCGGUUUGUAGUAUAAAGAGCAAGAAAUCCAACACAACUUGUCAGUUGUGGGAAAAACCUAAAAUUAAGCGGAGUUCAUCAGCGCACAGUGGAAAAUCCUUAAAUUUAAUGCAAAUAAAUAGCGAAACUGUGUGAAAACCACAAAAAGUUGGCGGAAUUCAUCAAUCACAACAGCUAACAACUGGGCUCACAUUCAUUCAUGCAGCGGUGGGAAAAUCUCAACAUUUGGCCGAUCUAUAAAACAAUAAAGCAGUCGCCAUCACAGCAAUAAAAUGUGGUUUUAUCGAUUGCUGUUGCAGCUCUCGCUACUUGGUAUUAUGUGGCCUAUGAGAUCCACUGCCGACAACCGGCAACUAACAGCGCUAAAUGAAGUUUUUGAUGAGAAUUUGGACAGCAUUUUUAAAGUAGGACCUGGUUUUGCUGUAUUCAAUGAGACGAAAGUAAGGCCAGCAAGCUUUGAUGAUGUUAUUUGCCCAGAACGACUUAACGGAAUGCCAUUUUGCACAGAGGUACCAGAUUAUCUGGACUUACCUAAGUUGGAUAAUUUCAACCGAGAAGACUUUGAAAAGUUCAAAUCCUAUUUCAAAGAUGAUUUUGUAAUACCAAAUGUGAAGAGUCGCAUUGAUGGUGAGCCCAUGGAGAGUUAUUUUUGCGACAGUAGGACACGUUUAAUAUACCCGAAGGUGGCUCAAUCAAGAGAAUCCAAGUGGCUGAUGGUGGUGCAACACCCACAAUACAAACAAGGCGUUUUAGUGGAGCAGUGUGAGAACGAGGACGCGCCUUGUAAAUACGAGGAACUCUUACCUUUCUACAUAACUACGAAGUGUAGACAGCAUUUUGUCUAUAGAAAUUUGGUGGUGGUGGUCGAUGGCCGAAUGCAGGAGAAUAUGGUGAAAUUGCCAAAUGCGUGCAAGUGUGUUUUGAGGAAUAUCGAUAAGCCGAGGCGCAAGAAAGGAAGGGAGAAAAAACGAAAUUUGUAGCUUAAAUUAUUGUAAAAAAUAUGUGUGAAUAUCAGGUGGCCGCCGUAGCGGAAUGGGUUUGUGUGUGUGGCUACCACUCGGUAAUAUCCGGGAGCGAAAUCCACAGGGGGAACGAAACAGUAAAAUGAAAGAAAAGGUUUUUUCUAAUUGCCAUCGCUCAGGGGCAGGCUUUGAUAAACAACCGAGUGCAGAUUUGCCAUGGAAAAGCGACUCCAUUCGGAGGCGACACAGAAAAAUGUUGGUGCCCACAUUUGUGGAACAACAUCAAACUGCAUCCCACGAAUUGGAAGAGGAGCUCGAUGAAAUACUCCAACAUAGGAUGUAAGCGUCAAUGAUUUGAAUGUAUGUACCUAUUAGUUUGCGGAAAGAGGAAUUUCUUCUAUAAAAAUGGUUGAUGAACAGGAUUUAAUACUGCAAUAAAGGAGAAGGAAAAGAAAUCCAUUAUUCUUGCAUCAAAUUUUUGCCAAAUAGCUUAAAAUUGUUUAAUGGUCGCUCUUCAACUCCUGGACGAUGUUGAGACUACUAACAUUCCGGUCAACUUCGGUUAUUUCUGUGAUUUUAUCGAUAUUUUCGACAUUACCGACAUUUUCUUCAACAUCAACGGAAUCGACGAAAUCAAAAAUGUACGCAAUUAGCUGUUACAGUAUCGGCUCCAUGAACACCUUUCACAACUUCAGUGGCCUAGCUUGUAUUUUCGCAUUUUCGCCUUUACCAAAGAAAAUUUUUAAAAUGUACCGAAUUUUACAAACUUGACCC